AUGAAUUUGCCUGAGCUGAAAUUGAAGCAAGACUGCCCAACAAUAUGGAACUCUGCAUUCGAAAUACUGGAAAGGAUUUAUAAAAUCAAAGAUGCUGUAAUCAGUACUCUUGCCAUAGGAAAUCCAGACAUAAAUAAGAUUGAAUUAAAUGAAUGGAGUCUCAUCGAACAUUCGUUGAAAAUUUACGAAAUAUUUUACGGAAUAACAAAAGAAGUAAGUGCUGAGAAGUAUGUCACCUUCCCGAAAAUAAUUCUCUUCGUUAAGGUGAUGUCAGAUCAUGUUCAAAAAAUUCAAAACUCUGAAGCAAAUAACAUAGCAGAAAUAUAUGAUCUACUGAAAAGUCUACAAAAUGGAAUUGGUGAGAGAUUUGAAGAUGUAGAUUUCAACGAAUUAAGGACGCAGGCGACUUUCCUAGAUCCAAGAUUCAAAAAGUAUGGGUUCACUAAUGAAUCAAGAUUCCAAGCGACGCUGAAAUUAAUUCGCCAGAAAAUAGCCACCUUCAACAUUGACAACAACGAGGAAAGCGUUCCUCCAGAACGCGCCGAAAGUGAAAGUUCCAGCACGUCAAUAGUUUGGAGCUGUUUUGACGAAAAGUCAAAGGAACAUUUAGAAAUCCGUAGUUCCUCAGCAGCUGCCAUCAUAGAAACAGAUAAAUUUUUGAGUGAACCUCUUCAAAAGCGAACCGAAAAUCCUUUAAAAUGGUGGAAAGAAAGAAAACAUUGUGCAACAUGGCAACUUCUGUUCCUUGAAAACGGAUUUUGUCAAAAGCAAAAGUAG